CAUGCGAUGGAAUGAAGCGAGUACGACGACGAUGAUGCGUUGCGAUCGGAGGCCGUCGUCGAGCGUCUGAAGAACUUCAAAACCAACUGAAUCUCAGAACGUCGCGCAGAGAGAGAGAGAGAGAGAGAGAGAGAGAGACAGCUUGCUUGCCGAUCGGAAGCGGCGGCGAUCUGCGGCGGAGCAACGAUGAGCUCGACGACGCAGGGGCCCCACUCGCUGGCCUUCCGGGUGAUGCGGCUGUGCCGCCCCUCCCUCCUCGUCGACCCUCCCCUCCUCGCCCACCCCUCCGACCUCCUCGCCGGCGAGGACAUCCUCGACGACCCCCUCGCCGCCGCCCGCCUCCCCGCCCUCGUCGCCGCCCACCUCGCCGCCGCCCCCGACCCCACCUACCGCUCCCGCUUCCUCCUCCGCGACCCCGCCGACGCCAUGGGCCUCUCCGGCCUCCUCCUCCUCCCCCAGGCCUUCGGGGCGAUUUAUCUAGGAGAGACGUUUUGCAGCUACAUUAGUAUCAACAACAGUUCGAGUUUCGAAGUCAGGGACGUCACGAUUAAGGCGGAAAUUCAAACUGAGAAGCAGCGGAUUUUGCUUUUGGAUACUUCCAAGGCUCCGGUGGAAACGAUACGUGCAGGAGGGCGUUAUGAUUUUAUUGUGGAACACGAUGUGAAGGAACUUGGAGCUCACACCCUGGUUUGCACGGCAUUGUAUUCUGACGGUGAUGGAGAAAGAAAAUAUCUUCCUCAGUUUUUCAAAUUCGUUGUUGCGAAUCCGCUUUCCGUGAGGACAAAGGUCCGUGUGAUCAAGGAAACUACAUUUCUGGAAGCGUGUAUUGAAAAUCACACCAAAUCGAACUUGUAUAUGGACCAAGUUGAGUUUGAGCCAGCACAAUACUGGGGUGCAACAAUGUUAAAAGCUGAUGAGCACCAGUCCGAGAUAGAUUCUCCAGCUAAAGAGGUAUUUAAAUCACCGAUCCUGAUCAGAUCAGGUGGAGGAAUUCAGAACUAUCUUUAUCAGUUGAAAUCGUCCUCGCAGAGUAAUGGACAGAUGAAAGUUGAGGGAAAUAAUAUUCUUGGUAAGUUUCAGAUCACAUGGCGCACAAAUCUGGGUGAACCUGGUCGUUUACAGACACAGCAGAUUCUUGGGACUGCCAUCACCCGCAAGGAUAUGGACUUGCGUAUUGUAGAGACUCCAGACAAUAUUAACUUGGGAAGAUCCUUCUCGGUACGCUUCAAUCUCAUGAACUUGAUGGACCGAGAAUUGGGCCCCUUUGAAGUUUGGUUAUCGCAGAAUGAUUCACCUGAGGACAGGGCUGUUAUGGUUAAUGGUCUUCAAAAGAUGGCAUUACCAAAGGUGGAGGCAUUUGGUUCAUCAGAUUUCGCACUGAAUUUGAUUGCUACUAAACUUGGAGUUCAGAGAAUUACAGGCAUUACUGUGUUUGACAUAACAGAGGCCAAAAGUUAUGAUCUGUUGCCAGAUUGGGAGAUUUUCGUGGAUGUCAAGUGAUCUAUCUUCCCAUCUGACCUGUUCCGCCAUUGGAAGAUAACUUAACUCUUGCGAGAAAAGUUUCUUUUUGAUCUUCGUAGACAAGCCAAUGCUUGGUCAUUGUACAUAUCCACCUCAAGUUAGUGCAGAUUUCUGCUUUUCUGAAUGGGCACACGGAAUAUUUGGUGCAUCAGUUAGUUUCCAACUCCAAUUUCUGUCUGAAAGCUCAAAUGGGUCAUAUCUGCCAAUUGUCUCUUCCUUCCCUAAAAUAGGAGACUGAUUUAUCUUCCCCUAGAGAUAGUGUACUUGUAGGGAGAUGACUGAUUUACAUUUUAUUGACUGGAUUGUUUGUAAGGUUGUUGCUAGUGAUGAACUAGUUAUAUCCAUUUGCAUCACCUUCGCAAUUGAAAAAAAGCAGAUUUCAUUCUAAACGCUGCUCGUGUAAGCUACCGAACAGUCGAAAUUCCAUUCGACGAGCUGUUUCAGAAUGGCUGGUUGGUUAUUCA